AUGGGCCUCCACGUGCGCAUCUCGCUGGGCGCCCCGGGUCCGCUCGACGUCGGCGUCCAGGCAACGGGCAGAGAGACGAUGUUGGCCGGCGACUCGCUGCGCCACGCGGAGGAGGAGGUGUACGAGGUGCGCCGAAGGGCGAGACGCGCGCAGCGGAAAGCCGAGGGGCACGAGGACGACCUGUUCGCGGCCGACGUUUCCCUGUCCCAGGUAGUGGCGCGCUCUCUGACGUUCCUGGCGAUGUUUCUCGUGCUGACGAACAAGAGGAGGGUGCUGGCGUCCGAGGGCCUGUCCGCCGCGGCCGCGGCGUUCCCUUUCGGCCUCGUAUUCGCGCGUAUCGUGAACAAGAUCCGGGCGCGAAAGCACGAGCGGAACCUCGCAAUGACGACAGACCCGUUCCAUCUGACAAGACAUAUGCCGGAGGAGCUUGCGGAAGCGUGGCUGAGGAAGCUGGGCGUGCGCGUCCCCCGGCGGCAUCAGGGCGUGGAGCGCCCGCCGCCGGACACCACGUGGCUCAACCGCGCGCUCGCGGGGCUGUGGCCCUUCUACGACGAGGCGGUGUGCGGCGGCAACGGCAUCCUCAGGAAGCAGGUCGAGCCGAUCCUGGAGCAGUUCCUGCCCAUGGGCAUCAAGCGAAUCUACUUCCGGAAGAUCAAGCUCGGGGACAAGCCCCCGCAGAUCAUGGCUGCCGGGUACGUCCCGGUGGGCGAGGACGAGGACCCGGCGCUCGACCUCGAGAUCUCGUGGAUCAGCAGCGCCGAGGUGCUGAUGUGCGCGGAGAUCGGCAAGUCCGGAUACCGCGAAGUGACGGCAAGCAUCACCAACGUCGCGAUCCGCGCCAAGGUGCGCGUGUGCUUCCGGUGCGUCACGGACAGGAUCCCGUGCUUCAGCGCCGUGGUCGUCACGCUGAUGGAAACGCCCGUCGUGGACUACCAGCUCAACCUAAACAUCUCGCGAGGGCCUCUGGAGCGGAUGCUGACGCGUUUCUUGGACCGGCUGCUCACGGAGAUCCUGGUGCGCAUGAUGGUGUGGCCACAGCGGCUGGUGUUCCCGCUGAACAACUCGUUCGGGAGCCUCUCGCAUCUGCAUCCGCGCUGGACCGGCGUGCUGCGGGUGCGCGUGCUGUCGGGGACGGGCCUGCCGAAGGCCAAGCGCGUGAGCAAGGGCGCGUACGUCGAGCUGUCCUUGGACCCGUUCCGCGUCCAGAAGACCGGGACAGCGAAGAGAUCCCAGGACCCGCGUUGGGACGAGGAGGACAUCUGGCUGCGGAUCAUCGAGCUGUCGUGUUCGCUGCGCAUCGAGGUGUGGGACAAGGCGUUUUCGUUCGUCGAGCUCAGCUUCAGAGACAGACUCAGUUUCAAGGAGUCCACCGAGCUCGACGACCGCAACCUCGUCGGACGGAGCUUGAUCGACCUGUCGGGCCUCGAGCACAACAAGCCGGUGCUGGCGACCGCCGUGCUCAGCAAGAAGAGCUGGCACGAAACUGAGAAGGAUGGUGGCCUCUGCGUGGAGCCUAAGCUCGGGUCCGUCCAGCUCGAACUGCUGUAUCUGAAGAUCGAUGAGCUGCGGAAGGUGCGGCCUGCCAUGCGCAAGGCCACGCUCGACCCCGACAACGCGUCGUUGGAGGACCGCGCCAUUGCGGCGGCAGUGACGAAGACGACCGUCAGGCCCGAGGAGAAGCUGAAGCAGAAGAAGAAAGGAGGUGCCAAAGCGUCGAAGUGGCAGACGGGCAUGUUGGGCAUUAAAGCGAUGGAGGGGCGCGCCCUGGGCGUGAGAACAGACGGCAAGGAGCGCGUCCACGUCAAGUUCGCGGUCGGGUCGGAGCGCGCCACGUCGCCGCCGGCGGAAGCCAAGCCGGUUGUCAACUUCAACUACUUCACGGCCUUCCUUGGAACCAGCGCGGACGAGGACUUGGUUGUCGAAGUGUACAACGACGCCGAACUGCUCGGGACGGCGGAGGUGCAGAUCGCGGAGCUGGCACGGCUUUCCGGCGACAAGAUUCAUGACGUGAUUCCAUUCGCCGGGACCAUGGCCACGGGGGACGCGUACGCCGGCCGGCUGCAGCUCGAAAUGGAGUGGCUGCCCGUGACGACGAAGAGCGUGCCCGAGGUGACGAGGCCCGCCUUGUCUAGGUUCUACCAGGGCGGCGACCUCAGGGUGCACGUGGUGAGCGCAGACCUGCAGACGCAGCAGCGGCGCGGCUCCGCGGUCCACCCUUUCGCCAAGCUGCGAAUCGGGACCAUCGAGCAGUACACGUUCGACGAAAUGAAGACCACGAAGCCCGCAUGGAACAAAGUGUUUGAGUUCAAGAAUGUGGAGGCGGGUGCCGAGGUAGAGUUCGUCGUGUACUCGGGCAAGGGCCCGGUCACCACGCGCGACGCGACGGCGGACGCGCUGACGAUGCAGCGCCCGUCCGCGCUGCUUCGGGAGCCACGCAGGGGGCAGGAGAGAGAGAAGGUGCCGAUGAAAACAAUGAACCGGGGCAGGGUCGACGAGACGCUCGGGUCGUGCAGGAUCCUGAUACGCGAGGUGCUCGUGCAGCCCGGGUACGAGCUGUGCAACAGGAAGUUCGCCCUGACCAGGUGCAACGGCACCAUCAGGACCGGGGAGGUUCGGCUGGACCUGCGCUUUUUUCCCAACCCGUUUCGAGAGGGCCGCGACGGGCUGACGCAGGCCCCGCAGGUGGCGGUGGGCUCCGGCGCGGACAUGAGCGGCUUCAAUUUGAAGAAGAUCCUGCUCCAGUUCUUCUGGAUCGACCUCGUCACGUGGUGGUGGACCAAGCGCCAGCGCAACGAGCGGCUGGCUCCGCGGCACUCGAAAACCGCGAGGGGUUACGCGGACGGCAACGACAGCGGUGGAGUCUCCGCGAUGUUCUUGCUGGUAGUCUUCGUGUGCCAGAUUUGCGUCGUCUUCAUUGCCCUCGGCGCCUGGCACGCACUCGAUGACGACGACAACUGCAGCGCGUGA